AUGGAGAGGCCGGCUGCACCUCCCCGUUCUCUCUCGGGUGCCUCGUCUGCGGUGCCGUCGCCUCACCUCCCUUGCGCUCCGUACGCGCCGGAUUCGUCGUCCUCUGUGCCUUCUUCCUCAGCCUCGGCGCCCUCUGCGCCCUCUGCGCCUCAUGUUUCAGCCUUGCCGCCGUCAAAUUCCUCUCCUUCGAGUCUCCUCGAGUUGCUGUGUCCGCGGUGCCCGUUUCCGCUCUCGCAGGUCUCUCAGGUCUCGCAGGCGCGCUCAGCGGCGGCGCGCAGGGGCUCAGCCGCCGCGUGCGCGAAGCGAAGAAAAUUCGAGAAUGCCUGCGCACAAAGCCCUCCGCAAGGCAGCCCGCCCGCGCCUUCUCGUCUCCCCGUGGCACGCCUCCGCAGACUGCAGACGCUUCUGCGCCUCUCGGUGGUGGCGCGGUGUAUGUGCAGCGCGAACGCCGAGGCCGCGCGCGCGGCGGCUGGUGAAGAGGCGCAGAGGACGCGCACCAAGAAGGCAGACAAGCGGCGGAGCGAGGCUUCUCCAGGCAAGCCGGGCCCCAGCGCGGCCAGAGAGCCUGAGCCUAAGGCCUCGCCCCUCGGGUCUGCUUCCGUGCGCUGCUCCUCGCCCGCCUCCACCGCCUUGUCCUCCCGAUGGACUUCCUCGCCGGCCUCCUCCGAGCCCGCUGCAGAGGCCUUCAGGGCCUCUGCAGCAGCUGUCAGGCAGCCUGUCGCUCGCCUCAAAGAAGAGGCGCUAGGCCCCGCGCAAGCAGGCAGUAGCAGAGCCUCGCCGCCAGCCAGUAAGAGCGGAAACAGUCGAGGACACGCCGCAGCGGCUGGAGCGAACCCCGUCCGCAGAGACCUCGAGCGAAUGCCUCUGUAUUUCCUGCAUCCCAAGCAUCGCCCGCUCGCCCUGCUGUUUCGAGCCCAACGCGAUCCGGAGGCGCCGCUGCUGCGUCCGCUGGAUUUUCAGGGCGGAAGAAAACAGACGAACGGCGCGACGGCCGGCGUGGAGGAAGGCGAGAGCGAGGAAGGAGGCGCAUGCGCGUCAGACGAAGACGGCCUUCUGCGCAUGUCUGAGGAGGUCACGUCGUCGUCGCGGGGGACUGCUCAGCGGCCUGAAAGACGGGAUCGCGGCGGUGCGAACGCGUUGCCUCUAUCUCUCUCUCACUCGCGCGCCUCUCCUGAAGAAGGCACGUCUCUGGAUGACGCGGUGCGCGCUGUGCUCACCGAAGAGAAUGUCUUUCCUCGCGUCGCGGACUACUUGCGCCGGUAUUUUCACGCGUGCGGCGACCGCCGGAGGCUCACGCUUGGGCUUGCUCCUUUGACUUCGCCCUCUGCCUCGGCGUUUUCGGCAUCCUCGGCGCCCUCUCCGCAAGCCUCGCCUGCGCGGCCGUUCGCGCCUUCGGGGCCUUCACCUGUCUCUGUGGAGCGCCCCGCCUUCGCGCUGCUCGCUCAGCCUCUGGCGCGCGAGGAUUCUCGGCGACAGUCCUGGCGUCGCGCGGGUCUGACGCAGCCGCGCGAGUCCCUCGAGCCGUGCUCAGAGCCUUCCGCCGCUGCAAGUGCUUCUCAGCAGCGCGGCGCGGCGCGACCUCCGCUUGCCUCGGAGACCUCGCCUGCGUCUGCGCGGCACCCCAGCUUCCCAUGCGAGGGAGAAGAGCGCCCAUAUUUCUCGUUUGAUCAGGCGGCGCGGAUGGCGCCGCUGCCGCAGGCACCGGAGUCGCCGUCUGUGGCGUCUCUGCUUCAGAGCAUUCGCGCGCGCGUGAGGCGCGGCGAGCGCAGCGCCUUGACCGCGCAGAGUCUCCUCGCCUUCCUCGAGUCGCACGCCGAAGGCGAGGCCUGGCAGCGUAUCGCUGCAGAAUAUUUGCGCGCCUUCAAGCCACAGAACGAGCCUGGCGCAGGAGGUCUCGGCGGACAGGGCGUCCCUGAGCGCCUCGACACGGAAAGUCAAUCCUGUUUGCGCGAGACGCCGCGCGCGGCUGACUUUCAACAGCAGUCUCUCCGCGGCGCCGCGAGGCUUCCUUCUCCUCCCGCCUCCUCGUCUCCGUCUGUGCUCUCCGCGGCGUCGGGCUCCCUGCGUCGUCCUCCCGAUCGUGGGGCCUCUGGGAGGCGCGCGUCGGAGCCGCUUUGCUCGCAGCCUCUGCCGGCGGCCUGCGCGGUGCUGGAGAGACUCAGAGAAGAAUACCGCGCGGAGCUCGAGAAGGCGGUGUCCGGCGGCCACGACCCGCUGCCUGGCUUGGCAGCAGCACCCUGCGACUCAGCGCGAGUGACUGGAGAUAGCGCAGAGAGAACUCACGCCGCGCCGCGGCGUUCGCCAUGGGAGCACAAAGACGGCGCCGCGAGACCGAACGGGCGCCAUCGAGGAGACGGCAACGACGCGGCGACAGGCGCGGAGUCCGCCUCGCAGCGAGAAGGGGAAGGCGCAGAAGCAAGCGGCAGCGAAACGGGGAGACAAGAAGAAGCGAGGGGACGCGAGGGACGGCCGGCUGCUCGUGGCGGAGGGGCGGAAGGGGUGAGGACGGAGCCGACGAAUCCGCAGCGGGAUCGCGCAGGUGGAGAGAGGAGACCGGAGUCGCAGGAGGGGGAAGGCGACGAGAAAGCGCGUCUUCUUGAUGCCCAAGUCGAGCUUCUUCUCGAGAUGUAUCUGCACACAGACCAGCUUCUGCGACAGAUUGAAUAA